CAUAAUAUCGUGGGAGCAGUGCAGAUCUCGUUCCUGUGGUGUAAGAAAGCGAAAGAGCCCAACCCUGUAUUGAUUCUCGAAAAAGUGAGCGAAACUUCGAUGGAAUUUCAUGUGGCUGCAAACGGAGGACGAUUUGAAACAGGAACAGUGGUUCGAACUGUACCCUCCGGUCUGACAAUCGCCGAUUUCACUCCUGAUGAUUUGCCCAAGACUGUCUCGGGGCUGACAGGGGGCCAGGAUUACGAGUUGGUCUUCCAAUUCUCAGUUUCCGGGGGUUGCGGAGCUGGGGGAGAUGCGACCAGUGAAGAAAUAACAGUGCUUUACUCGUCAGACAUGGUGGCGUUGGAUUUGGGGCUCGUUGAGAGUACUGCCUCAACUGCCAACUUCACAGUGACAGAUAGAGUCGGAUCCAGCGCCGUUUCAAAUUUCCAGGCCUCCUGUGAUCCUGAUAUGGAGUCUGAUCGUCCAGUCUGUGAGUCAGCCGAGUACGAGAGCAACGUAGUGGCCAGUGCUACUGGAUGGCUGCAAAUGAGCGAACUGGAAUCGGGUGUUGCUUAUGUCGUCACGAUCGAUUCAGCAACUGUGGACGGGGCUGCGAAUACUGAGAUCACAAAUUCUGUCCUCACAUUUUGCACUAAGCCUGAUGCGCCGGUUGUCGAAUUCGCGCGUGUGGACUCAACUUCAAUGCAGAUCAAUAUCCACCAAGACUCGGGGAACUUCGAGAGGGUUGUGGCCACUUUCGAACCAUCUCUCCCACGGGAGACUUUCAUGGCGAGCGAACUGCCCAAAACGGUGACGGGGCUAACAAGCGGACAAGACUACGAGGUCACUGUUAGGUUGCAAGUUGGAUUCAAUAUGGAUUGUGGAGAGCAGAGAACAGUUAGUAGUGCUUCCAGCAUAAGCACUUACGAGCCAGAUCGAUACGCGAACGUCAAUUUGGCAGUCACUGAUUAUCAAGAAGACAAAGUGACUAUCUCAGUUGCAGCUGCAGAUGCCCCUGCUGCGAUCUCCGACAUUGAUGCAGAUUGCUUCUCGGAAGUUGAUCGCGACUGCAACGAGAAUGCUGAUAUACGAACUGAUUCGGCUGUCGACCCGAGUGUAGUCGUGAUUGAUGGGCUGCAGUCGGGCACAAUCUAUGAAAUGACUAUCGAAUCUUCUCUUUUCGGCAACAUUCCUCCAAAGAAAUUGCACUACCAAACAAUCACCGCAUGCACUACUCCCCUUAUGAUUACGGGGGAGAUGGACAUCUACAAACAGGACGACUCCACUAUGAUCAUCGACAUCAAAGAUGAUGCCGGCAACUUCGACGCCACCGUUGUCACGUUCACCCCGCCUGAAGACGUGUCUCAAGUCCUCAUAAAUAGGAAUCAGAUGCCGUUUGAACUCAAUAUCAACACCACAAUCGAUUACAGCAUGAGCUUCGAGUUCUUCGUCGGAGUGGAUCCCCCGCAUUGUCAGGGAGAUCAGAACAUCUCCAGUUUGCAACCGAUGGUCUACGAAUUCAGAUCUUCGGCUACAAAGCUGGCUGCGAAGGCUGUCAUCUUCCUGCUAUCUGCCAUCGCGUGGAUUGUGGCUCUCUAAACACGUCUACGUUCUGAGCUCUGUCAUUCACAAAGACCAGUCAAUAUUGUCAAUCCCUUUGUGUUUCUACACAAAACUGUGAACUGAGUCACCAACGGAGGUGGUUGGCUGUAUUAGACGAAAACUAAAAUAGGCGAAAAAAGUACUUAUA